AUGGCUCUACGGCCCUCUCCAUACAGCGGUGGACCAGGUGCCCCUGCAAAAAUCUCAUCAAUUCAAGACCGCUUCAAUCUUGACGGUCAGCCCCAGUCAACACCUCCUUCCCAGCCCCCUUCAACUGUCGACUCUCGACCCGGCUCGUCUGCGUCCACACAGUCUUCCAAGGCACCUGGCAAGCCAAUUCUCAAGCAUCGUAGUCUUUCCGAGAUACUCAGGGUAGGUUUAUCUCAAAGCGGAGAGUCUGCUUCGGAAGAUGGAAGCGAAGAUGGCAAAGCUCGGCCUGAUCAGCCCAAACGAGCCCAGGUAUCUAUUGCCCACGCAUCUUCUGAUUCAACCCUGGUCAAGCUAGGCAAUGCCGGUGUUGCUCGAGGAUCUUCUCACACCAUCAUCAAUGGCUACGAUAGCUCAGAUCUAGCGACCAGCGGUGACGAUAGCGACGUUGCCUGUCGGACUUCUGCCAUGCGUGGACAUUCCUCUCACGCUAGCCGGGAGGAACCCCUCCCGACAAGGUGGUACACAGACCAGCUCGUCGGAAGGGAUUCCUUCCGACGAGCUGGUUUAAAAACUAGCUCGCCGGGAGGAACCCUCCCGGACUCAAGACUCCAUAGCCAUUUGCGGGCUGGGAGGGGUUCCUCCCAUCCCUAA